AUGAAGCAAAAUGAACAGAGAAUCAUCCGACAUUUUCACUUCACGGCUUGGCCAGACAAAGGGGUGCCUCUUUACGCCUCAUCGUUAGUUCAUUUUCACUCCAAAGUCAAAAACACCUCAGCUCAGGCCAAGGGACCUUUGAUUGUACAUUGCAGUGCUGGGAUUGGUAGAACGGGUACGUUUAUAGCCUUAGACUUCCUGAUUCAGCAGGCCAAAGAAUCUGGCUUUAUAGACGUGUUUAGGUGUGUGGAAACAUUGAGACGACAACGUGUCCACAUGGUCCAGACUUUGGAGCAGUAUAUAUUUCUUCACGAUGCCUUGGUGGAAGCAUUAAUGUGUAAAUCCUCUGAUCCCUCCACAACUGAGUUUUAUCAGAUUUAUCAAGAUCUGAUGAAAGUAGACCAAAAGAGUGGCAAAAGGAAUGUCGACCAAUAUUUUGAAAACCUCUGUAAUGGUUGUAAUGAAGUUCCUCAAGCCGCCUACGACUUUGCUAAAAAACAGGAAAACAGAAGAAAAAACAGAUACAGCAAUAUUUUACCAAUAGACACCGCAAUGCCACAGAUUUGGGAUGAAAAAUGCAAAACCCUCUAUAUCAACGCCGUUUUCCUGCCGGCCUACAAAAAUAGGCAAUCAUUCAUAGUGACACAAAUGCCUCUCAGAGAAACCGUUGUUGACUUUUGGAGACUGGUUUACCAGCAUCGCGUUUCUACUAUCGUCCUCCUCGGUGAAGUAGAAAAACAUACGUCUGAAUUGAAACAGAAUGUAGGACAGUAUUGGCCAGAGGUCACUGGUAGCAUGAAAUAUGGGCCUAUUACCGUAACCAGAGAAAUCUCCAGCUCAACAGAUGAAGAUGAGAAUUACAGUGUUAUUAAACUUAUCUACAGUUUAAAGAAAGGGGAAGAAAGGAUGGUCAAAAUAUUCAAGUGCAAUUUCUGGAGAGAAUGCGAGACAAUUCCCUCGUCAAUCUCACCAAUUUUGAAGUUGAUAAAUGACGUAGAAAUGCAUCAUACUAAGAACAAUACAGGCCCUAUCGUUGUCCAGUGCAGAAAUGGGGCUGAGAAAAGCGGCUUGUUUUGUGUCUUGCAAGUCGUGUUGGAAAGAAUGAAAAUAGAACAAGAUGUAGCCAUCCAUCAAGUUAUUCAGCACAUGCGAAGCAUUAGACCCAGCAUAAUUUCAAAUGUGGAACAGUUUCAGUUUUGUUAUGAUGCUGUUAUGGAAUUCAUCAAGCAAUAUGAAACCUAUUCCAAUUUCCAAUGAGAAAAUUUCCUUAUU